AACCGCCCCAAAGCAUCGCAGUAGACGCAAGCACACGUUCAUAUUUAGUUUUCAGAAGUCGGGUGCUCUACAACCAGUCUUCAAUGGCGGUUGAGGAAUUGGAGUCCACUGGGUGCAGAAAGCGCAAACGAGGUUAUGGAAGAAGAAAACUCGUCGUCAACGACAGAGUGGAGGUGAGGAGUAUGGAAGAUGGCUUUUUGGGUUCAUGGCACCCAGGGACUGUUAUCCAUUGUGGGAAGCAGAAACGUCAUGUAAAAUAUGACAAUGUUUUAGUUGAUAAUGGGUCAAAAUAUCUUGUCGAUAUAGUGGAUGUUCCAGCUAUUUUGGAUGGCGCCAGUUCCACAAGUUACAAAGAACGUGGAUUCAUUAGACCAGUACCACAUUUGAAGGAGUUUGGGAACUAUGAUCUUCCGUUUGGUCUAUGUGUUGAUGUGAACUACCAAGAAGCUUGGUGGGAAGGUGUUAUUUUUGAUCAAUCUGAUGGGAGGGAGAAGAGAUCCAUAUUUUUCCCAGAUUUGGGUGAUGAAAUGAAGUUCGAAAUUGGUCAUUUGCGUAUUACUCAUGACUGGAAUGAAGUUACAGAGGAAUGGGAGAGACGGGGCAUGUGGGUAUUUCUUGAAUUGAUUGAAGAGUGUGAACAGGAUACUUAUGUUACAGUUUCAAUAAAGCAAAUCUGGUAUGAUGUGCGUGCCAAAGAAGAUUUCAGUAAGAUUAAAGACUGGACUUGUAAUGUGAAAGACUUGUGGAGGGGUCCGGUGCUUGAGGUAAUUAAUGACUACUUUGCACUUACAAUGACAGAAAUUUUCAGAGUCCUGGAUCUUUCAAAAGAUCUCUUGACAGAAGCAACGGAACAAGAGUCCGGUGAACCUACUGCUGAUAUUCACUUUAGUCCGGAAAGAAAUUCAGACAACUUUUAUUCUGUUUCGAGUCCUGAUAAUCAUCAGUUAACUAGCAAAUCAAAUGUUCAUUAUGAUGCUGGUCCCAGGAAUGCAUUUGUCCAUGACAUAAGUUUGGCCGAGAACCAUUUGGAAAAAGGUGACUUGUCAAACUUCUUGGAUGCUGAUCAAAACAGUGGUAGCAUCAUUCUUAACCAGAAGAAAUAUGAUUUGGUGACCUUGGGGGACCGGGUGUCAAAUACACCUGUGGUGGCAGACUCAGACGUGUCCUUUCCCGAGAAGGAAGGAUUGGUGCAAAAGGAAUCUAUGUCACCAGAAGCCGAAGGAAUUUCUGGGCAGGAUGCUGGUACUGCAGGUGAAGUAAAUUAUGGAGCUGGUUGUUAUAAAAGAAAAAGACAAGGCGGAUUAUCAACUCGCAGAAGUUUUACUGAGUGGAAACCUCUGAUACUUUCUGAAGUUGAACUCUACCCUGAUUCUGUUCAUCAAUAUGCACUCGCAUCUGAUAGGAAGAUCAGGGAACAACUGAAGACAAAUGUCAGAAAACAUAUUGCAUACCUUGGAUGGAAAAUUGAGUGGAUGCAACAUAAAGGAGGUACGCAACAAAAGCAAUAUAGGUACACCUCACCUGAGAUAGGGGGAAAACAGGUUGUUUACAUGUCACUUCGUGAAGUUUGCAAACAUAUUGAAAAGGACACCAAUAUGAACUCUUUGCUAUCCCAAGAUGAUCAGAGAAGGACGAAUCCUACAAUUGACAAUAAUAUUUCACAUCCUACAAUUUUGCCACCUUCUGUUGAAGACAUAGUUGAUCCUGAAAUUUGCCCUGAAGCUGUUUUGAGAUAUUACUUGCUCCCAUUAAAGAGGGGCCUCAGUGGUGUUAAAAAUUUGAUGAUACGAAAGGUAAGAAAACAACUCUUAACUGAAGGAUGGACCUUUGAGAAUCCAACCAUAAAAGGAAAGGGAAUGAUUUACAUCUCACCACAAAAUCAGCGUUUCGAUUCACUUCGAGUAGCAUGCAGAGAAUAUAUUAAAGAAUGUCUUCCUAAGUGGAUUAGUUCUGGAAUGAUACCCCUGGAUGUUUCGAGCAUAAAUGAAGAGAACACUGGCCUGGUUGCUAGUAAUAAAUUAUUGUGUUGUGUGUCCCAAUUGCUUCAAAAGGAGCCUGAAUUGUAUUAUGUAACCAGUGAACCAUCAAGCAGGUCAAUUGGGCAAUGCAAGUCAAAACCCUUAAGGAAGCAAAAGUCCCAAGAUAAUCAGAGAACUAUGUAUUCUACAAUUGGCAGUAGUAUCUCGCUUCCCGCAAUUUUGCCACCUCCUUCUGUUGAAGAUGCAAUUGAACCUGAAUUUUGUCCUAAAGCUGUUUUGAGAUAUUACUUGUAUUCAUCUGAGAAGUGCCCCAAGGAUGUUAAAAAAUGUAUGAUACUAAAGGCAAGAAGACACCUGUCAUCAGAAGGAUGGAAUUUUGAGCAUCCAACCAUAAGGGGAAGAGGAAUGAUCUACAUUUCACCACAAAGUCAGCGUUUUGGCUCACUCCGAGUAGCAUGUGAAGCAUGUAUUAAAAAAUGUCUUCCUGAGUGGAUUAAGUCUGGAAUGAUGCCUCUAGAUGACUUGGGCAUUAAUGAACAGAAUAUGAGUAAGGUUGACAGUGACGAACUAUUGGACUAUGUGUCCCAUUUGCUUCAAAAGGAGCCUGAAUUUUCUGAUUUAAAAGGGGUACCAGAAAGCAGAUCAAGCAGGCAUUGCAAGCUCAAACCCUCCAGGAAUCUAAGGUCCAGGCCACCUAAUCUCCAGAGAAAAGAAUUACCUAUUCGGUUACAAAGAUCAAGCAAAAGGGUGCAGAAGGUGAACGCUCCUUGUUCAUCACACCUGAAAGCUCAAAAUGUCCUGUCCUGGUUAAUAGACUGCAAUGUGUUGUUACCAAGGUCUAAGGUCCAUUACCGGGCAAGAGCCACAGGUCAUCCUAUGGCUGAGGGGCGAAUAACUCGUGAUGGAAUCAAGUGUAGUUGUUGUCAGAAGCUAUAUAGUCUUGGUGGCUUUGAAGGCCAUGCAACUGGUCGUCGUAAUUGCAGGUCAGCAGCUGCUAAUAUUGUUUUGGAAAAUGGCAAGUCACUCCGAGAUUUCCAGAUGCAGUUAAUGAAUGAGCGUAGGACCAGAGGAACUACAAAAACACCAUCAAAAAGCGUGCAUCAAGAAGAGAAUGACGGCAUUUGUUCUGUUUGUCACUAUGGCGGUGAACUAAUAUUGUGCGAUAAUUGCCCAUCUUCAUUUCAUAAAAGCUGCAUAGUUUUGGAGGAUAUCCCUGAAGGUGACUGGUUUUGCCCAUCAUGCUGUUGUGGAAUUUGCCGCCAACGUAAAACUGAAGGGGCUGAUGAUGAAAAACUUUUGACUUGCAGCCAGUGUGAACAUAAGUAUCAUGCUAAGUGCUUGGGUAAAAGGUCCGUAACAAUGUCAGGAAGAUAUCUGAAGAAUUGGUUUUGUGGAAAAAGCUGUGAAAAGAUAUAUGCAGGCCUUCAAAGGCUAUUAGGAGAACCUGUUGCAGUGGAUGCGAAGAAUUUAAACUGGACAUUGCUGAAGUGGGUUGACUCUGAGAAUUAUGGUUUUGGGAAUGGUAGAAAUGACCUAGAGGUAGAGAGUUACAGCAAACUCAAUGUGGCUCUUUCAGUGAUGCAUGAAUGUUUUGAGCCCUUGAAGGAAUCUUAUUCAGGCAGGGAUCUCAUGGAAGACGUUAUUUUUAGCAGAUGGUCAAAGCUUAAUCGAUUGAACUUCCAAGGUUUCUAUACCGUACUUCUGGAGAGAAAUGAAGAAGUGAUAACUGUAGCAACUGUUAGGAUCUAUGGAGAGAAGGUAGCAGAAGUACCUCUUGUGGGUACCAGAUUUCAGUAUCGUCGCCUUGGAAUGUGUCGCAUUUUAAUGGAUGAGCUUGAAAAGAGGCUCAUGCAACUAGGGGUGGAGAGGAUAGUUUUGCCUGCUGUUCCAAGUGUGCUAGAAACGUGGACUACUUCUUUUGGCUUUGCAAAGAUGACAAAUGCUGAGAGAUCACAGUUUCUGGACUGCACUUUUCUUGACUUUCAAGACACCGUCAUGUGCCAGAAGCUUUUGAUCAAGAAUCGUCCAGCUUCAGUUUUGUCAACAGUGAACCAAACAAAAGCACAUGAUGGUUUAUCUGUAAGGGGUGGUACUGUUUUUUAUCAGCGGAGUCCAGUAUCUGAAGCAUAUCAAGCAGAAGAGAUUGACACAAAUGAGACGCUGGAUCUACAAAUGGUGGCAAAACUGGCAAAUUCUGAGGGCAAACAAUUGCAGAACGGAAGCAUUGCAGAAUGCUUACUUGAAGAUGGCCGCUUAAAACAUGUUUCCAUCAAUAAUGCUCCAUGUAAGUACUACAAGCGAAGGAAAAUCAGCAUGAAAAGAUGAGAACUCUCACUUAAAAGGUGGCCAUUGAAAUCUCUGAGCCAUCUGGGUCGAGCUGUGGAAAUUGUACUGAAGAGGUCUGAACUAGGCGUCAUCAAUAAUUUUUUUGUACAAAGUUGUGUAUAUUUACCAGCUCAAAGCCAUUUAAUCCUUGUUUUGGUGUAUCAGGAUCUCAUUUUAUGUAAUCUAACCCACGAAUGUAACCUCAUUUAUGUCAUCUAAGGUAGAGAAGGUUGUGGUGGUUUUUUUUUUUUUUGGGAGUGAAAAAGGAG